AUGUCGUCUGGGGGAAGGUUAUCUCGCGAGCAGAAAGGGAAGGAGGUUGCGAACGUAUCUCGUCCUUUGAGAGACGCGGGCGAGGUUACGCUCGAGGAGUUUGAACGGGUUCAUCAUGAUGCGAUGAUGGACACCGGGAGUCUGGAUCUGUCUCAAAGGAUCCUGGUUUCCGAGUCAGCGCGUUCAUUCCGUCAGGAAGUAAGGGGAAACCAAGCCGAGCCGCAGGCUUGCGAUAGAGACGGUUCUGGCGGUGCGAGAGACGGAGUCCUUCCUGCUCACUAUUCACCGACGUGUUAUUAUCCUGGGGAGAUCUUCGAAGAGCUGCCGGCGAUAGCUCCCGAGUGUCUGCGCUCUCCGGAUGUGAGCGGUCAGGCUUGGGAGAACGUUAUGAAGACGCAAUCGACUCCCAACAGCGUGAAGAGGCUUCUGAGGGAGCGCCGCGGAUUUGGGGUGACUUUCUUGAUUCCUUCGGCGAGCCAAAGGCCUUGGUCGCUGCCGGUUGGGUAUCAAUGCGUCUACGAGUCCUAUUUUCGUGAUGAUACGAAGCUUUGGUUCUCAAUUCCCCGACUAGUCACGGCAUACGCGAGGCGCCGAGAUGCAGCGAUAAGUCAAUUUUUGAAUGGUUCGUGGCGUAUUGCAGUUGCUUUGUUGGUUAUGGCUGCCGAGAUCGAUACCUCACUGAGCGUUCAUACCUUUGAAGAAUUGACGUCCGUGAGUUCGUUGGAGGAUGGCCUCCUAUCGAUAAAAAUGUGGCCAAACUACAACGUGAUAGGGGGGCAUCCUAAUAAGACGCUCGAUUGGCGGAGGUCCUACUUCUAUGUUAAAUGCGACGAUUCUGCCUUCGAAGACCCUCCAGACGACGACUACCGUGUCUUGUGGAACACUUUGCUUGCCAACCAUCCGACUUCUCGUGAAUACCCGGAAGAGUUUCUUGCGAACGCUCGGGAUUGGGAUUCGAGUUACCUUCCGUCGGUUAACAAAACCAAGAGACGUAUUUUGCUGUUCACCGGUGAGGAGCAGAAGAAGAUCAAUGCAGCAAGAAAGAUGAGGGGCCUUCCGGAUCUGAGCGCUAUGAUGGCGGGAGAGCUUGGCUUAUCGCGUGCCGAGCCGUUGGUGCCUCCCAGCGAGUUGGUCACUGACGACGUGAACCUCGCGACUUCUGACCAUCGCGAGUCCUCGCUUGUUGUUGCCGCUACUCCUAAGAAGAAAAAGAGCAAGAAAAGAGCCCAUGACGAGCCGCCUGUCGAUGAUGACCGCGAGACUCUUCCAGAGGGAGCCGAUCGUUCGGAGGGUGCAGAGCCGCCGACGAAGAAGAGAAAGAAGAAGAAGCGACUAUCCUUGGAGGAUAGCGUCACGGGUCGAGACAGUGGAAUCGCUUCCCCCCCUGCUCCAUCUGAUCCGACUGUCGGGCCCUCUCUCAACUUGGCCCUGGUGGAUGAAACUCGAAGCGUCUCACCCGAGGUUCCGCUUCAGAAGAAAAAGUUGAAGCAAACCAGUGAGCAAGGGACGACCAAGCGCCAAGUUUCCCCCGUUGCUAUUUCAUCGAACCCCGGGACGUCGGUCCCCGGUCCAUCGACUGGUGGUAUUCCAGUCGUAAGGAAGACUUUGAGAGUCGAGUUUCCUGACCGUGUUUCUUUUGAGUAUGACGGGCCAACUCCUCUCAUCUACGCUCCUCACAAAUGCGCGGAAUUGGUCAGCCAGAUCAAGUGCGGCCCAAAGCCAUUUCCGCCGGUCGCUGACCUGAUCUUCAAGGAUGAGUAUGUCGACGCCGCUCGCACCAAGUUGUUGUGUGACGGGGUUUCGAACUUCGUCAUCGAGAAAUAUGACUCUACGCUGAAGGAAGCGCUUGCUGAGUCAGAGAAGCUGAAGAAGACGGUGGUGAGUAAGAGCAGACUCCUCCGUCGAAGGAAGGCGGAGUGGCAGGAGGAGUUCGAGAGGAUGGCUGAGAAGAGGGAUCGCGCGGUUGCUCGGAGGAAAGCUCAGAAGAAGAGAGCCGACGCAGCUGAAGAGGAGCUUUCCGUUGCUCGCUCCACCGUCGAGGCUCUGGAGCUGCGGAAGGCCAAUCUUAUGAAGGAGAUAGGAGCCAAAGCCGCGGAGCACAAGAAAGAACUGGACCGCCUUAGGGAUUCGCGGAUUUACGAGGUCACGAAGGAAAGGGUGAGGGUUGAGACCGAGAUGAUUGCAAAGUCCAACAAGCAUUUUGGGAAUCUGCGCGAGUGGUGGACCCGUUGUGGACCUUUUGACACGGCGCGGUUACUCCAAAGUUAA